GCUGGAGCGGCAGCCACAUGAAGUGGGGGCAGUCUUUCCGUAUUCGCCACAUCACCACAGGCCGGUACCUGUGUAUGGACGAGGAGAAGGUUCUGGUGGUGGUCGACCCAGAGAAGGCCAACACCAAACUAUCGGCCUUCUGCUUCAGAGCUUCAAAGGACAAGGUGGAGGUGGCUCAGAAGAGAGAUGUUGAGGGGAUGGGCAUUCCUGAGAUCAAGUACGGAGAGUCCAUGGGCUUCGUCCAGCAUGUGUCCACUGGCCUGUGGCUCACCUACGCCGCCCUGGAUGCCAAAGCUGCUCGUCUGGGAAUGAUGAAGAGAAAGGUCAUUCUGCACCAGGAGGGUCAUAUGGACGACGCCCUGACUGUGUCCCGCUCCCAAACGGAAGAGUCUCAGGCUGCUCGCAUGAUUUUCAGCACUAUGGGCCUCUUCAGGCAGUUCAACAAGGGUUUGGACGCUCUAGGUGGGAAGAACAAGUCACCAGGGGCCGUGUCUCUGCCUCUGGAGGGGGUCGUCCUCUCUCUUCAGGAUCUCAUCUUCUACUUCUGCCCCCCCGAGGAGGAGCUGGAGCACGAGGAGAAGCAGACCAAACUUCGCUCCCUCCGCAACAGACAGAACCUCUUCCAAGAGGAGGGAAUGAUCACCAUCGUGCUGGAGUGCAUCGACCGCCUCAACGUGUACAACACUGCUGCCCAUUUUUCUGAGUUUGCCGGGGAGGAGGCUGCAGAGUCCUGGAAGGAGAUCGUCAAUCUCCUUUAUGAGCUGCUGGCUUCUCUGAUCAGGGGGAACCGCUCUAACUGCGCCCUGUUCUGUGACAACCUGGACUGGCUGGUCAGCAAGUUGGACCGACUGGAGGCCUCUUCAGGUAUUCUUGAGGUGCUGUAUUGUGUGCUGAUUGAAAGCCCUGAGGUUCUGAACAUCAUCCAGGAGAACCACAUUAAAUCCAUCAUCUCUCUCCUGGACAAGCAUGGACGGAACCACAAGGUCCUGGAUGUCCUGCGCUCUCUUUGUGUGUGUAACGGUGUAGCUGUGAGGUCCAACCAGAACCUCAUCACUGAGAACCUGCUCCCGGGGCGGGACCUGUUGCUACAGACCAACAUUGUAAACUAUGUCACCAGUGUGAGGCCCAACAUCUUCCUGGGUACGUGCGAGGGGUCCACGCAGUUUAAGAAAUGGUACUUUGAGAUGAUGGUGGAUUAUGUGGAACAGUUUGUGACGGCGCAGGCCAGCCACCUGCGUGUGGGCUGGGCUAUGACCGAGGGCUACAGCCCCUACCCUGGAGGAGGAGAGGCCUGGGGGGGCAAUGGUGUGGGAGAUGACCUCUACUCCUAUGGCUACGAUGGGCUGGACCUAUGGUCAGGUACCGUGGCCCGCCAAGUGGCCGCGCCCAACGCUCACUGCCUGUCUGCAGACGACGUAGUCAGCUGCUGUCUGGAUCUGAGCGUGCCCAGUAUCUCCUUCCGUAUUAACGGCCACCCAGUUCAGGGCAUGUUUGAGAACUUCAACGUGGACGGCCUCUUCUUCCCCGUCAUCAGUUUCUCUGCUGGAGUCAAGGCUCGCUUCCUGCUUGGCGGUCGUCACGGAGACUUCAAGUUCAUGCCCCCUCCUGGCUACGCCCCGUGCUACGAGGCCCUGUUGCCGCGAGACAGGAUGCGUAUCGAACCCAUCAAGGAGUACAAGCACGACUUCCAGGGCGUCCGCAACCUGCUGGGGCCCACGCAGUCCCUCACACACACCUCGUUCACCCCCUGCCCCGUGGACACGGUUCAGAUCGUGUUGCCACCCCACUUGGAGCGUAUCCGAGAGAAGCUGGCAGAGAAUAUUCACGAGCUCUGGGCGGUCACCCGUAUCGAGCAGGGCUGGACCUAUGGGAGUGCUCAACGAUGGCAUGUUGGCAAUGAUCCCUUCGGUCGCCAGUGGCUGUCGGGCGAUGUCGUCGGUUGUAUGAUCGACCUGACUGAUAAUAACAUCAUGUUCACACUCAACGGAGAAAUGUUGAUCAGUGACUCGGGCUCAGAUAUGGCGUUCAAAGACAUCGAGAUUGGUGAAGGUUUUAUCCCAGUGUGUGCGCUGGGCCUGGGUCAGGUUGGCAGGAUUAAUCUCGGACAGAAUGUCAGCAGCCUGCGCUACUUUGCCAUCUGUGGCCUACAGGAAGGUUUUGAACCUUUCGCCAUCAACAUGAAGCGAGACAUCACCAUGUGGUUCAGUAAAAGUCUGCCCCAGUUCGUGCCUGUACUCCACGACCACAAUCAUAUUGAGAUCUCCCGUGUGGAUGGGACGGUGGACAGCGCCCCCUGUCUGAAGCUGACACACAGGACCUUUGGCUCGCAGAACGCCAACACUGACAUGAUGUUCCUCAGACUCAGCAUGCCGGUCCAGUUCCACGAGACCUUCAAGAUCACAGCAGGCACAACCCCUCUCACCCGGGCCCUCACCAUACCUGAAGAGGAGGUGAUAGUGGUGGAACCCGACUCAGAGUUUGAGGUUCUGAAAAGGUCUGCUGGCCGCAAGGAGCAGGAGGACGACAAGAAGGAGCCGUCUGUGGCGAAGGAGCUCUCCAUGGAGAAUGAGAAGGACUCAGUGUCGGAAAAGGGAAAGAAAAAAGG